AUGGCAGAGGAAUAUGAGGAUGGAGCGGAGGAGAGUGGUGGUGUGACUGGCCCUGGGGCUCCAACGCCCAUCUUUGCUCUAGAGGGCCUUUCAGGCUUGACAAAGCGUGACUGUCAGCUUUUGGCUGAUGGAGGGUAUCAAACUGUCGAAGCAGUUGCUUACACACCAAGACGUACCUUAGAGCUGGUUAAAGGUAUAUCAGAGCAAAAGGCACAGAAAGUCCUCGGAGAAGCAUCCAAAUUGGUUCCCAUGGGCUUCACAACCGCUACAGAGAUGCAUCAGCGAAGAAGUGAGCUGAUUUCUAUCACUACGGGAUCGAAGAAUCUAGACACUCUACUAGCCGGUGGUGUCGAGACCGGCUCGGUGACAGAGCUCUUUGGCGAGUUCCGUACCGGAAAAAGUCAGAUCUGCCAUACACUCGCAGUCACGUGUCAACUGCCCUUCGACAUGGGCGGCGGCGAAGGCAAAUGUCUGUACAUCGACACAGAAGGUACAUUCAGACCAGUACGACUUCUCGCCGUGGCCAAUCGCUACGGCCUAUCCGGCGAGGAAGUCCUCGACAACGUCGCCUACGCGCGAGCCUACAACUCAGACCACCAGCUGCAACUGUUAACCCAAGCCGCCACGAUGAUGUGUGAGACCCGGUUUUCCUUGCUCAUCGUAGACAGCGCCACCUCCCUCUACCGAACAGACUUCCUCGGCCGAGGAGAGCUGUCCUCUCGACAAACCCACUUGGCCAAAUUCAUGCGCACGCUACAAAGACUAGCGGACGAAUUCGGUAUCGCUGUUGUCAUCACCAAUCAGGUCGUAGCGCAAGUCGACGGCGGCCCAUCCGCAAUGUUCAACCCGGACCCCAAGAAGCCGAUCGGCGGCAACAUUAUCGCGCACGCCAGCACCACGCGAGUCAGUCUGAAGAAGGGCCGCGCUGAGACCCGUAUCGCCAAGAUUUACGACAGCCCCUGCUUGCCCGAAAGCGAUUGUCUGUUUGCGAUCAAAGAGGACGGUAUCGGGGACCCGGCGCCUAAGGAUAUGGAUAAGGAAUAA